AUGGAGUUCAGGUCUAAAGUAGACGAUGCAUGGUACGCCGUCAAAAUUUUGACGGAGGGCGAUGGUGGGGAAUGGUUGAGAGUGAAGUUCGACGACUUCAAAGACGAGGACGAUGAGGUGUACAAGGUCAAGGACCUGACAUCCAUUAACCACGUGAUGAAGUUCCGAUCAAGGUUCAGGGCUGUGUCUAUUCAGGUGCAAGACUCAGAAUGCCCGAACGUGGUGGAGGGCACGCUCGUGUGUGCUGCCGUUUCAGUUUUACCCAACGAUUGUCGCUUCUAUGAUGCUGUUGUUAACCAGGUGAAGAUUUUUAUACUCAUUAUUCUCACUAUUAUUGUUUUCUCAAACUUUGAUGAACAACAAGUAACCAUUGAUUGUGAUUUCAAACCAUAA